AUGUCCGAAUCUGACCACAUGGAGACUUUCUGUAACAAAUCAUCCGGAAACUUCAUUCUCAACUCAACUUACCACACAAAUCUCAACGCUCAUCUCUCCGCUCUAAGCAACCAGUCCUCCCUCGCUAAAUAUUACAACCUCACGACCGGUCUAGCUUCAGACACAGUCCACGGAAUGUUCUUAUGCACAGGAGACGUCAACAGAACAACGUGCAACUCCUGCGUUAAGACCGCAACAAUCGAGAUCGCCAAAAACUGUACCAACAACCGUGAACUUAUGAUUCGUUACUCAGAUAAGUUCUUUCUCUUGACUUUAGAAACACAGCCUAAUACCUCCUGGCGGUCUACCGAUUUAAUACCCAAAACAUUUGGUAAAUUUAAAGAGAGGUUGUCUGACAAAAUGGGUGAAGUUAUCGUCAGAUCGUCUAUGUUAUCUUCAUCAUUUACUCCAUAUUACCUUAUGGAUACGACUAGGUACGAUAACUUGUAUGAUCUUGAGUCUAUUGUUCAGUGCACUUCUUAUUUGGAUCCUGGAAACUGUAGCACAUGCCUGAAACUUGCGUUGCAAGAGAUCAUUGAGUGUUGUAGUGAUAAUCGUUGGGCUAUGAUCUGGACUCCUAAAUGCCUUGUGAGUUUUGAUACCUACGAUUCAUCGUUGCCGCCGCUUCCACCUCCUACUCGCAGCGGAUGUAACAAACUUGGGGGAAUGGUUCUUGCUGUGGCUGCUUCGGUGUUAGCAUUUUUGUUAUGA